AUGGGCUCAACUCCAAGUACCAGUCAAGUAAAGAAACACAAUCCCAUUCACCCAUUGCCAACACAAGAUCCAUUGAGACAGCAUCGUCGACAUUCACAGUCGUCUUCGCCACCACCGAGAACGGCACAUAAAAGAGCAAAGGUAGACGAUCUUCAAUGGCCAUUACCACCAAGCGAAUCUGGUGGAGAGUUCCGGCCAGACUGGCCAACCGAUCGCGAACGAUAUUCUAUAAAGAAAGCCUAUAGUCUAAAGGCAACUAAUAAAGUGAAAAAAGCUACAGUGAUUGAUGAAAGCAGAACAAAUAGCAAACAGUUUCAUCAGAAAGAAACAAGUAUUAACGCAUCAGAGAAACGAAAUUCAAGUAUUCAUGAUUCGGCUCAGGUUCAAUCAUCACUACAAACUCAAUCUCAUGCAUGCAUAAAUUUAUCAACGACACAAGAAAUCGACGACCUAUUAAAUCGCCUAAGUCAGGUCCAUCAGCAAAUUGAUCUGAACGUAGAAGAACAAGGAAAACUUAUAUCAGAACAAUCAAAGUUACUCAUAGACCUUAUUAUUAAUGAUACACGUAAUGCACAACAACAGUUGCUGAGCUAUGCCAAGAUGCGGCAGACAGGACAAGAUAAAUUAUAUAACGAUUGGCUACAGAUGUACGUCGUUGCAUUGGACCAAUGGAAAUCUAUGCAACUAGCUGAACUCCAAGACGACUUGCAGGCUCAUCAGAGUACGAUCAUGCAAAGAUCUCAAUAUUUGAUUUCGCAAGUUAACCAAGAUUCUCACACAUUGAGAGAACAACUUCUUAAAGUACAGCAAGAGAACGCAUCUAAAGAAAUUCAGGAAAUUAUCGGAAGAAUAGAGUCGAUGUCCACUCAUCAUCUAGGAACUGAAACCAUGACGAGAAUCAAUUUAGUUAUACAUGGCAAUGUCGGUACAAAAAUGCCUGGCCAAGAUUGUAAAUUCGAUUUUGACCAAAGCAACCCCGAGAGUGAUAGGGUGGGUGUGCCAAAAACAAAGCCGAGUGGAGUCGGUCCGACUAAACAUAAAACGACAGAUUCAUGA